AUGUUUAUUAAUAAAUCCAAAAAGCCUUCAUUAUUGUAUGUUGAAUGUAAAUCAAGAGAUAUUUCAAGAAGAAAUUCUAGGAUAAGUGAUUUUCUUAAUGAUACUACGAAUAAGGAAAAUUCAAAUUAAUAAUCCAAUUUUAUUCCAAACACAGCGAAAAAGAUUGAUAGAACUAUUGGAAGUUUAAACAAGAUGUAUAAAUAAGCAAUAUAGGAUUAAUAAAAUUUAUAAGAGCAAGCAUCAAUGUUAAUUGAAGACUUGAAUGGGAAGUUAUUGUAAAGAGCCGAAUUGAUAGGAUAAGUGGAAGAAUUAGAGGAAUUAAUAGAAUUCCAUAAAAUAUAAAGUAAUUUUGAGUUUGCUUUUGCAACUAAAAUAGAAUAGUUAGAUCUACAAAUUUAAUAGUUAAAAAAAUAAUCUUCUUUUAAAUUAUCAAACAACAUAGCUGAUUUAAUACGAGAUAGAGAAUAAUAACAUAAAAUAUUAAAGGAAAAAAUAAAUUAAGAAACAACACUUGCUAUGACAAUGUAUUUGUAACAAUGGGGUAAAGUAUUAUUUUCUAAAUAUAAGGUCAUUAAUUUGAGGUUAUCAAGAAUUAAUAUGGUAAUGAAGUAUAUCAAUAAGUUUUAAAAGAACAAGAAUAAUAAAUCAAUUAAUUGAUCUCACAAUAAUAUAAUAAAAAAAUAUAAGGUAUAAUUUUGAUACUCAGAAAUCAUGAGAAAUUAGAAAAAGCUAUUUAAUUAAAUAUUGAUUAUGUUGAUACAUAAUUAAAUGAUGAUAUUGUUAUAAUAAAAUAAACAAUGGACCAAAAAAAACAGUUAGUCCAGAAUAUUAGAAACAAUCUUUUAGAAGAAGAUUAAUCUAAAUUCUAAUUAUUAAAAAGAGUUGAAGAUCUGGAGUAAGAGAAUCAAUAAUUGGAAUAAUAAUUAAAUGAAAUUACUAUGAAAAAAGAUCUCUAUUAAUAAGAAAUAUUAAAUAAAUAAAAAACCGAAGAAAUUUACAAUGAGAUACUAACAGGAUUUGAUUGCUUAUCACAAAUUGAUAAUGAUGAUCAAAAAAGUGAUAAUAGUAAUUCUUAACUUAGAAGUGGUACGAACAUAUUAAGCAAUAUAAAUAAAUAAACUAAGAAAGUUUUAAGUAAUCACUUAAAUAAGGAUGAUUCCUUACAUUUUAGUCAAUUACAAUAAUAUUUAUAAAUUAAUAGUAUAGAUGGUGAAACUAAUUCUAAAUGUUCAUCAGCCUGUCAAUUAUCUGCUGAUGAUUCAUUAUUAUAACAUUUUAAUGAAUUAAAUUUAACCUUACUAUAAUCUGAAAAGUCUAAAAAUAAUUAUUGUAAUAUGCCUUUACAAUAAUCAUAAUAAUCAUAAUAAUAAUAAUAAUAAUCAUAAUUAUAAUUAUAAUAAUCAUAAUUAUAUUCAUAAUAAUCAUAAGUUUAAUACAACUAUUUUAAUUAGAAGAAUUCACCAAUAGAAAAUUAGUCUUAAUAGAUUGAUUUUAUAAGAUUAUAAACUAUUACUGAAGAAUAAUUAAGUUCAAAAAGAGAGAAAUCUAAAAUGGAAUAAUCCACUAAAAUAAAUAAUACUCCUAUUCAUUAAAAUUUUUAAAAUUAUUUAAAUCUGAACUAAGUUUAAGUUAUUGAUAAUUCAUCCUAAAGCACUCGAGUUCCACUAACUGAAUAAACAAAGCGCUUCUCAAAUAAAUUAGGUUAAUCUUAAUUAUAAAUGACAAAUUGCAAUGAAGUUACACAAAAGUAAAUAUCAAUUCCAUCUCCAUACAUGCCUUUGUUUUUUAAUAAUUAACCAAACAAUCCUCAAACAUAAAAGAGUUAACAACCUUAAGUUUUUAAAUUUAAAGAAUAAAAUUCUUUAUCUGAAUAAAUUUCAAAACACAAAAAAUCAAAAUCCUUUGAUUCUACUGCUAAUAAAGAUAUCUAGUAGAAAUAAUUAUUUUGCAAUAUUUCAGCUAAUAAUGGAUAAACCUAUUAUAAUUCAAAAGAUUCCUAAUAUCUCUCAACAAAAUCAAAUCUCUUGAUUCCUAUUGAAUAAGAAAUACUUAAGAUAACGAAACCUUUAUUAAAGGGUGUGUUAAUUUAUAAAAGGUUUACAUCAACUAAACCAAAUUUAACGAAAAUGGAAUUUGAUCCUUUUACAUGUUAAAAUCCAAAUAUCUGUGGAUAUUGUCCAAGAAUUAUCGCUUUGUCAUAAAACUUUGAUAAAAUUGAAUUUAAAAAUUAAAUGAGAAUUAAUGUAAAAUAUUUAAUAUUAUUUAGCAAGUUGAUUCUUCUCUAUAAUUAGAUUAAAUUAUGAGAGUUAUUAUUCCUAAGACAAUCUAGUAGAGUAUUCAAAUAAAGAAAUAAAUAUAAAAUAGAUAUAUUUUAAGUCAAGAAGAAAGAAUUUUUUGUAGUAUUGUUUAUUGGCCAAUGUCAAUCAUUACUUAAAAUGAAGGUAGGAUUGAAUUAUUGUUUGAUAAUGAGGAAAUAUUGGAAUCAUGGUAAACAAGUCUUAUUUUUCUGAAAGAUAACAUUAAAACACUAUAAAUCAUCAAUAAAAAAUUAAAAAAAUGA